UCGUUCUUUCAACCUUUUUUCUCUUUUUGUUCCAUUGAGCUUUCUGUUUGGAAACAGGCGCGAGCAUCUGGACACGUAGAUAAAAAAGAAGAGUAAAAAAGGAAGAGGAGGAAGUAGAAUAGGUAGUAGAACAAGAGGAAGGAGUAGGAGGGAAGAAGGGGAAGGAGGAGGAGGAGGAGGAGGAGGAGGAGGAGGAGGAGGAGGAGGAAGAGAAGGGGGAGGAGGAGGAGGGAGGAGGAGGAGAAUUUGCAAUAUCACGGUGUGGGGGAAAUGGCGGAAUCGGCAGGAAUGAUGCUGGGACUGAGCUUCGGACUGGGAGUCGUUGUGGGACUGGGUCUAGGGCUUCGACUGGCUCCGGCGUCGGGAUCGGGAUACCAGGCGUGGCUGUCGCAGCAGCAGCAAAAGCUGUUGGAGAAGGAGGCUAGGAGUGCUGACGGGAUGGUUGGACGCAGCGGGUACCACAUUCAGAGGCAGGGCCAGCAAGAGGGGUUGUGUCCAAGGUGCUCGGUGUCAUCGAUCACGUCGGCUAGCGUCGACGAGGGGUCCUUCGACGGGUCGGCGGCGGCUUAUCAGUCGUUCAGCGACCGGUCUGUGGACACGCUACUGCUUGAUGACCCGCCGGAAUUCGACCUGCGGGCAGAGAGGAGGAGGUGGAGCAUCAACCCUCUGUUCGUUCAGGCUCCAGCCGCAGCCCCUGGAGCAGCACCUGAAGAAGGAGGAGAAGGAGGAGGAGGAGGCGGGGGAGGAGGGGAAGCAGGGGGAGGGGACGCUAACGGUCGAGUACGCCCCUCGGAUUGCAGAACGGCGGAAGAGGGAGACCAGGACAAUUUGCGAGAGGAGAGAAGCCACAGGCAGCAUCCGCAUCAGCAUCAGCAGCAGCGCCUUGGCGGAGAUAGAGAGAAAGAAAGAGGCUUUGAUGCCGCGGCGGCGGCUGCUGCUGAUCCUUUACCCUCUCAGGAAUCACCGACAGUGAUACUCCGCAGGCUAAAGAUGAUCAUCAAGCAGGUAGAGACCACAUUACAGCGAGCGGAUAUGGAGCUGGAGGCCUUGAAGCAGUCGCUACCACGCCGCCUCUGCCCCCCUCUUCGGGGAUUCUGCCCCGAGCUCUUGGCAAGCAUAAGGGCUGCUUUCCUCCCGAAGCUGAUGCUGAUGAAGACUCAGUUGAUGAAGCCUCAGCUGAUGUUGAAGAAGACUCAGUUGAUGUUGAUGAAGACUCAGUUGAUGUUGAUGAAGACUCAGUUGAUGAAGACAGUGGAUGAGCAAUUCUGGUUGAUGAAGACGCAGCUGAUGCUGAUGAAGACUCAGGUGAUGAAGCGUCAGCUGAUGUUGAAGAAGACUCAGUUGAUGUUGAUGAAGACAGUUGAUGUUGAUGAAGACUCAUCAAAAGUAUGGGCAUGUGAAGAGCUUAUCAGCCUCUACAAUGAGACAAACACACUUUUGGUGGAUGAAUGCGCUUACAAGAUCAUCAAGAAUCCGCCUUACACUUCAAUGCAUCCUCCGGAGUAUGUAGGAAAUGACAAAGGGGAUAACGCUCUUGGUGAAGGGGGGUUGAUCAGGGAGGAAUUGAAGAGGUUCCAGGGGGCGGCAUCUGUUCAGUCAUUUGCAAGAGCGUCCCCUUUGGCUUUGAAGGCUGGUAAGUUGACAGAGCUUUCUACCCAGCUUGCACGAGCACAACUUGCCCUUCUUGAGGAGCAGCGGGACAACUCUCGCACCACGAGCGAAGGAACCAUAACCCCAGAAUCUUCGCAGGAGGAAGGAAGCUGUGCGACCUCCACGAAUGGUAGCUCCAGAAGCACGAGCAAGUCGGGAACACCAAGGCACCAGUUGAAGCGCAGGAGCAGCUUGGACGGAUCGCUACCACCUUUUCGAGCGGGAGGAGUGCUACGGAGGUUAUCUCUGAGGGAGACAAACAUACCCACCCGAUCCGUGACCCAGCCAAGGUCACCUGGCAGCAAGGCCCGAGCUCCUGCCAAGCUGAAGGAUGCUGGCAGCCCUUUUGUAUGAUAGGUAUAGUUUCUUUUUCACUUAGUCCACAUUCCAUUGAGAAUCCCCACCAGUUCCUUCCCCUUCUGUUGGCCCUUGUCUUCUCUGCCUUCUGUCAGUGUGGCUGCACUGCUGAUGGCAAUUAUGUAUCCGGAAGCUGCGGACUCUGUUCGUCCUCUUCGGCUUAGUUACUCGUUUCUAGUUCCAUGAUGUCAGCUCUCGUACGUACUUGCCUCGCUUCCUAUUCAAUGUGCGACUGCAAUGCAGCGACAGGCAGGCAUUCCAGCCAUGUGCAGUUAUCAGAAGACCUUGUGUGGAGGGCGAACCGCAUGUGUCCCAUGCCUGAGAGGAUGAAGGUCUCGCUGUCUUGCAGUUGCACACAGAGAUGAUGCCCAGAGAGGAUGAAGGCCUCUGAUAAAAGCCAUUGAAGGGU